CGGCACGCCUUCCAUUCUGUCUCCUUGCUGAGCUGAGUGAAGGUGACAGUCGGUCUGUCUCUAAAUUUCCGACCUCUGCUUCUGUUUUCCGGGCAUUCUGUGUUUUAUCUCCUGCUGACGAGCCUUCAUCAGUAUGUCACUGUUUGCCGAGGUCCCGCAAGCCGCUCCGGUGGCCGUCUUUAAAUUGACAGCCGAUUUCAGAGAGGACAAACACCCGAGCAAGGUGAAUUUAGGAGUGGGAGCGUACCGCACAGAUGAAUGCCAGCCAUGGGUCCUGCCGGUGGUGCGGAAGGUGGAGCAGCUGAUUGCUAACAACCACAGCCUGAACCACGAGUACCUGCCCAUCCUGGGACUGCCAGAGUUCAGAGCCAGCGCUUCCAAAAUCGCCCUGGGGGAGGACAGCCCCGCCAUCAAGGAGAACAGGGUGGGUGGAGUGCAGUCUCUGGGUGGUACAGGAGCCCUGAGGAUAGGGGCUGAGUUUCUACGUCGCUGGUAUAAUGGGAAAAACAACACCGCCACUCCCAUCUACGUUUCUGCACCAACCUGGGAAAACCACAAUGCUGUGUUCAGUGAUGCAGGGUUCACGGAUGUCCGUCCCUAUCGGUACUGGGAUGCAGAGAAGCGUGGGCUGGCAUUGGCAGGAUUCCUGGAGGACCUGGAGAAUGCCCCAGAGUACUCUGUGUUCUUGCUACAUGCCUGCGCCCACAACCCAACUGGAACAGACCCAACCCCAGACGAGUGGAAACAGAUCGCUGAGAUCAUGGAGAGGAAGAAGCUGUUUGCCUUUUUCGACUCUGCCUACCAAGGCUUUGCAUCAGGGGACCUGCAGAAAGAUGCCUGGGCUGUGCGUUACUUUGUGUCCAAGGGCUUUGAGCUGUUCUGUGCACAGUCCUUCUCAAAGAACUUCGGCCUGUACAACGAGAGAGUUGGGAACCUCACUGUCGUGGCCAAGGACUCGGACAAUGCAAGUCGGAUCCUUUCCCAGAUGGAGAAGAUCGUCCGGACCAUCUGGUCUAACCCCCCGUCACAGGGUGCCCGGAUAGUAGCCACCACAUUGACCACCCCCGAGUUGUUUGCUGAAUGGAAGGACAACGUGAAGACCAUGGCAGACCGUGUUCUGUUGAUGAGGUCACAGCUGAAGGCAAAGCUGCAGGCUCUGGGAACGCCAGGGACCUGGGAGCACAUCACCCAGCAGAUCGGCAUGUUCAGCUUCACUGGACUCAACCCCAAUCAAGUGGGGUACCUGAUCAAGGAGAAGCAUGUCUACUUGAUGGCCAGUGGCCGCAUCAAUAUGUGUGGCCUGACCACCAAAAACCUGGAUUAUGUGGCAGAGUCCAUCCAUGAAACGGUCACCAAGAUCCAGUAGAACAUCUACUUGUCGACAGCAACUCCUAACACUUGCUGAUGCCACAGAAGUGACCAUCCACAACAAUCAUGUCUAAUUGCACAAACCACACCUCGCUCACCAUCAAUCAAAGACAACUGAUCAGAUAGCUUUCAAUGUAUGCCUUCAAGAAAGAAUUCAAAUGUAACUUAACUCUUGAUGUUCAAAUGUAAUUAAUGAGCUGUGUAUAUUUAGAGACAGCCUCUGUCUAGGUUUUUUGGGCCAUGUAUGUGUGUUGCCUGGUUCUAGGAUAUUGACAUUAGUUGGUGCUCAGUAAUACUACUGUGUCUGUACCCACAGCCUGGGUUCCAACACAUUUUAGUAUUGCGUUUCCAUUUCCAGAAAUGUGUACACUUUAAUACAGUAGAAAAUGUGCUGUCUCCUGCUCCCCUGAAAUUAUUUUAAUGAUAUUUAUUAAACCAGUAGCACUGAUUUGCCAAAACGUUUUCUUUAAACAGCAUUAUCACAAGUCACAGCAAUACAAUAAGGGACUUGUGGGAAUGCUGUGACAGGAAGUAAGGCGAUGUUUUGGUUAAGUCUUGGUUUUUAAAUCAUUUUAACCAGCAGUGUGUGUUGCACAGUAAUUUAAAAGGCAGCCUGAAUAACAUGGUUAAUGAUGAGGAUGUAGUAGGUGAUUAAAAGAAACUGCUACAUCCCAGAUUUUGGUUCAAGAUGAUUUUUUUUCACAAAGGAAAGCCAUCUCUCUUUACAACGGUUAAUGUUUAAAUGGACCUUGCUGCUCGAUAGUCACUUUAUAUUGUAUUCAUAGUGCUGUGUGAGCACCUCUUAAUCAGACUGAUUUCUCCAGUAGCACUAAGAUUUUACUGACCUUUAAAACCAUGAAACAUCAGGCAGUGUUUUCUGCCAACUACGGUACAGAAGCUGCCAGUUCAUUGUUAAACUCCAGGCAGUGUUCCCUUGAACUAUUUCCCUGAAAGUUGCCUCAUGUUUCAUGGAUUUUAGUUGGGUUUUUUUGUCAUUUUGUCUGAAUUGCACAACAAAUUAAGAUGUUCUGUAUCUGUCGGUUGAAAUCUGGAUGUGUGCUUAGUGUUUUUCUGUGUUCUUGCGUGUGAAUGUGUGACUGUCUGUGUGCACAUCGACUCGCACCUUGAAGCUGAGAGAACAAGGAAAAAUGUUAAUUUGAAAAAUAAAUGUAAAAUGUGUAAUUGA